GCUGAAACAUCUGCCCGUCACCGAGAAGCGCUGAGUUUGGUUCGCUAACCACGACCCGCCCACCAGCGCCCGCACCCUAGGCGCUCAGGUUACUUCUCCGCGGGACUGGGCUCGGGAGCAAAGUUGCUCGGGGCUCGGGACGCAGUGUCGGCUGGUAGAAUUCUGACUCGACGUCUGUCGCGGCGCAGGGGUUGUUGGGGGCUGCGUCAAGGAGACACUAGACUGGAACGUUCUGUCUUUCCGAGGCGACGGGCCCGAGCUGGCGGGGCCGCACUCCCCGGUGGCAGCCGACCACUGCAGGGCCGUUGGCCGAGGGGUCGCUGCAGGGAGCCCAAGGCCCAGCCAGUCUUGGGAAGGGAGCUGAGUUUUUCUAGGGACUCUGUUUUUUUGUGACCACAAUGAGAAAUUUAGACAGUGAUGAUCGGGUAACUGACAAGCUUACCAAGCCCAAGACAUCAAGAGAAUGGUUGGAACCACAGCCACUUUCUUUUAUGGAGGCAUUAGCUAAAGAAGAUAUUGAUGCAGCUAUUCAAUCAAUAUUAUAUAGAGAAAAUUACAUAAUUAAGGAACUAGAUAAGUGUUUACAACAUCAUGACUUUUUAAAGGCAAGAAGAAAAGAGAUGUUACAUAAAAGAUGGGCUGACCAUGUGGCACAUCCUCUCCAGAAGGAAAUUAUAGAAAAAGUUUGUUCAUAUAAGAUUAAAAAAAGGAGACAAGAAGAAUUAGAUAGUUUUUUAAAACAUGUAAAUAAAAAGGGAAAUGCAUUUAUAGAACAUUAUGAUCCAAAAGAGUAUGAUCCUUUUUAUAUGAGCAGAGAGGACCCAAGUUUUCUGAAGGUUACCAUUCCACCAUUUCGUGACCCUUUGAAAAAGGCACAAUAUGACAAAGAUGAUGAAAAAAGAACUCUUCUUCAGUGUGAGACUGGCAAAAUAUAUACAAUGAAAGAAUUCAAAGAGAUUGAAAAGGCCAAACUGCAUUCCAGAUUCCCAAGAAUUUCUAAUUCAAGGCACUUUAUGACUCCAAAUGAGUGGCUUAAGCUGCCUACAACCUACAUAGAAAGUGAAUUUUGUAAAAGGAGCAGGUUAAAAGUGAAAAUGAAUUUUAACGAUUGUGGUUUUGAUUUGAAACCCUUGACAAGAACUCCUCAUCCUGUUGAAUCUCAGCAAGAAGAAAAAGCAGUAAUUUACAAAAACAAAGGAUCAUCCUUUCUGGAAAAAGAACCUCUAUGUUUUCAUGAGAGAAAGAGUCCAAGUCUCAAAGAGGCCAACUCUGAAGGUCAUUUCGUUGACCCUCAGCAGGAGAUAGAAAGGGAUGGGGACCAGGAGGCGGUGAGAACUGGGAGAGUCCUAUUUUGCCGUACACAAGGUUUUAGCAACCAAGGAGCACACACCCUGAUCCUUGAUUGGUGAGGGACACAAAAGAAGGCUGUUCCCGAGGACGUCAUCUGCCUGCAGGGUUCAUUCGGGGUGAGGACCAAGGAAGGCGCUCAAGCACCUGCAAUAACCACUUUUUGAGUACAGCGUCUGUAUGAUAAUUAAGAAAUCACAGUACCAUGUAUUGACGGUUAUUGCCAAUGUAUUUUCUGCAGAAGUUAAAUAUUGCCUAAAACAUACAAUAAAAAUGAUAGCUACCUUA